AUGGAAAUUGAAGGGCAUCCCGGGCUCAUUAAAACAAUCAACGAUGGUGAAGAAGUUGAAGAUUAUUCGGAGGAAUCAGACGUUGAAGAGGAAUAUCAACCAUCUAAGCUAAAAGCUAAGCAGAAAGCAGAUUUUAAUCCCUCUUUCAAAUUUGUAGCUUCAGUUGAAGAAUAUCAUAAGGAUACAUGGGAUGACUUGCAAAAGUAUAUUAAAAGAAAUGUCAAACAAACUCUUGACGAAAAGAUAGCUAAGCGGCGAGCAGCAGUACAAGUAAAUGGCAAUGCUGAUGUUGACACUGAUUCAGAGGCCGAAGAACAAAAUGUAGAUGAGCUAGAAAUAUCUGAUGAUGAAUUAAAAAAAGAUGAAAUAAAGGUUAAAGAGAAAAAGGGUAAAAAACAAAAAUUUAAUAAGGAGUUAGAAGAAGACAAACCACAAGCUGCUCAAAUUGAAUAUGAAGAUUUCUUUGAAGAUCCACCUGCAUAUGAUGAAAAUGCAUCAUUUUAUAUGAUGAACAUAUCCCGCCCACUGCUUAAAGCUAUUGGCACAUUGAACUAUGUGCAUCCUACACCUAUCCAGUCCGCCACUAUACCUAUAGGACUCUUAGGUAAAGACAUAUGCGCCUGUGCUGCAACAGGUACUGGUAAAACUGCAGCAUACAUGUUACCAAUAUUAGAACGACUAAUUUACAAAACUGUUGGUGACAGGAUCACUAGAGUUCUGGUAUUAGUACCUACUAGAGAAUUGGGCGCUCAGGUCCAUACAGUAACACGACAAUUAGCUCAAUUUACGUCUGUAACCGUUGGUCUAUCAGUUGGAGGUCUGGAUGUCAAAUAUCAGGAAAGUGUUCUUCGUCGUAAUCCAGACAUAGUAAUAGCAACACCGGGACGACUUAUUGACCACAUAAAGAAUACUCCAUCUUUUGGUUUGCAUUGUAUCGAAGUACUAGUUUUGGAUGAGGCGGAUCGAAUGCUGGACGAGUACUUUGCCGAGCAAAUGAAGGAGAUUAUACGCCAGUGUUCGCCCAAACGUCAAACAAUGCUGUUCUCGGCUACCAUGAGCGAAGAGGUGAAGGAUUUGGCCGCGGUGUCCUUAAACAAACCGGUCAAACUGUUCCUGGAUUCAAACAAAGAUGUGGCCUUCAAUUUGAGACAGGAAUUUGUUAGAAUACGUAAGGAACGCGAGUCAGACCGUGAGGCGAUGCUGGCGGCGUUAGUGUGCCGCACUUUCAGAGACCGAGCUGUGAUAUUCGUCCAAACCAAGAAGCAGGCGCAUCGCUUACACGUCGCCUUGGGACUGCUUGGAGUUAAGGUAGCCGAAUUACACGGCGCACUCAACCAGCCCCAACGUCUGGAUUCUCUCAAGCGGUUUAAAGAUGAACAAGUGGACCUCCUCGUGGCGACAGAUGUGGCAGCCAGAGGGUUGGACAUACCCGGGGUCAAAACUGUCAUUAACUUUACGCUGCCCGCUACUUUGGAACAUUAUAUUCAUAGGGUGGGACGCACAGCUCGGGCGGGUCGAGCGGGCGUGUCCGUUUCGUUAGCGGGCGAAGGCGAACGAGCACUCGUCAAGGCCAUCGUGAAGAGAGCCAAGCGACCGGUCAAGUCGCGACAGGUGCCGCCGGAUAUAGUGGCCAAAUAUCGUGAGAGAAUGGCCAAGUUGGAGCCAGAGAUAUGUGCAAUUCUCAACGAAGAAUAUGCUGAGAAGCAAUUGAAGAAAAUGGAAAAACAGACGGAAAAGUUAGAAGGUGCUAUCAGUACAAAGAAUGAAGACGGUCCCAAGUACGAAACGCACAGGAGCCGAGAAUGGUUCCAGACGCCGAAAGAAAAACGAAUGGAAAAAGAGCGGUUGACACUCACCAAACAUGCUGGCAAAGAUACACAAAAAAGUAAAGGCAAGAAGCGAAGGCGAGAUGAAGAUUCAGACGAUGAAGGUCCCAAGAAGAAGAAGAAACCUAGCAAACACACGCCAAAGGAUACCGCUGAAGAACGGGUCAAGAGAGAAAUGGAAAAGGUUGCCCUUUUACAAUCGAGAAUGGCUAAAGGAAAGAAGAAGCAACGCAGAAUACGCGCAGUUGAAGAAGAUGACGAAAGACCCAUGCAACGCAAAAACGCGGGCAAACCCAAGAAAAAACUGAGCAACUUCGCUAACGAUCUAACAGACACGUCAAAAUCCUCCACAAAACGCCUCCGAUAUGAUGCAAACAGGGUCCAAAAAGGGAAACCUAUUCAUACAGGUAAAGAAAAGCAAAAGGGAAAAGGUGCGCCUGUUAAAGGAAAAAAUACACCUAAAGGGAAGAGCUUUGGCAAACCACAAGCGCCGAAGAACGGUAGAAAAAGAAAAUAA